UAGGGAGGCGGGGUCAGUGUGUAAUGAUGGUCCAGCGGAGUGACUUGAGGCUUGAGUUGCCUGUAAGGUUGCAUCUAAAACAGUUUGGUUUGGGACAGUCGGGGCGAGUCAAGGGGUUUAGGAGGGGCUAGCAAGUGUAUAUACUGUAAUGGUUGACUGCUAACACUGUUGUUGUGUCACGUUAUUACUAGUGUUUGUGUCUGUUCACUGAAGAUCUGAAACGUGCAGUGUUUUAUUACUCUUUUAUGCAUUAGCGUGAGUUUAAGGGAGAGUGGAUGUUUGCGAAAAAUAACUUGAGCGAAUGUGUGGACUGACAUGUUGGAACACUGUGACCAAACGGCCAACACUAAACGUUCAGCGCUCGCGUUACAACUGUACAUAGUUCUCGCUAAUUUUUUUUCAUGGACGAAGAGUAUUGAAAAUGUGUUAUAUUUUGGCGUGUUUAUAUUGCCGACAGUGAUCCAGUGCACAGUUUAGUUCUGUUCGUAAUCAUAAAUAUUUUUACAGAGGUUAGAAAUGAAUGCCCCAUUUGACAUUUCUGUAAAUGUUCUUUUCACAGUUUGGCGGAUUUAACCAUCUGCGUAACUGUAUAUCACAAGUAGCCUUAUAUACUUAAAGUCACCAUAAAAAGUGCUGUCUUUUUAGUAAUAGUAACUUACAGAAGCGUUAUUAGUUCCCAUGAACAUGAAUAUAUCUUGAACCCAUACAUCCGGGACAUGUGUAUAUGUUUUAAAAUAUGUAAAUGAACACAAUUUUAUUAUGACCUUCGUGUUGUGCACAAACAUACAUGGCUCUACCAUUAUAUUCACAGCGCCUGGAGGAAAUCUCCACUUCUUCACGCUUCGCAUAUGGUUUCAAGACAUUUACUCGUACAUAUAAUCCACAUUCCUUUCGUCGAUAAAGAACUCGCCCCUGGUUUCGUUAUAGACUUUCCACUUCGGAGUUAAAUGGGGAAUGUACAGUCUCGUAGACCGAUUCAUUUUCGUUCGUUCAUGGAACUGUCAAACCAAAAGGAAAUGUUGCAACAAGGAAACUGGACAAUAUAAGAGAGUGAUUAAGUAUGUUCGCUGCCUGGGGCGCGUUAUCUUGUGUCUAUAUGUCUGAAGACAGUAACACCAUGUUAACGAUAUAUCGAUCUGUGUUGGUUUAUCGAAGGUGAAGUCGUUUUAUAAAAAUGAAGUUUCCGUUUCGAUUAAAAGACAUAUUUGUCAGUUGCUUGGUAACAGUACUUAUGGUUAAUUUGAGAGCAAACUGCCGUCUCAUUGGCUCAACCAUCUCCCUUGGCGAUGGAUGCGACUGGUCGGGAAGCGGUUUGUCGGUCUCCGCUGCAGACGAGAUCUCUGGUCGCGGGGUAACACCGGUGUAUCUCAGGUGCUCUCAGGGACACCUGGAAUGGUUGUACCCUCGAGGAGCCCUGAGAGUUCUGCUUAGAUUGGGAGCCUCAGGUCGUGACUUCCGAGGCUGCAUAAAGGCGUCCGGAAUAUUUUCGGGUGCUCACAUUUUCCUGGAAGGCCCUCGAUCACUCCUGCCUCUGUAUCCUGCCCUGCAGGAUAAUGACGGUUCUCUGCAGAUGGCCAGGUGUUUCCAGAGCCGCGAUGGGCAGGCUGCACUUUACGUUGAGGCCAUCUCUUCCAGGGGAGUCCUACAGAGACAAGUGGUGGCUUUCUCUUACCAUCUGCAGCCAUUGCCGAGGGGCAGAUCGUACUACGAUCCUGAAGAAGACUGUCGGCCGUGUUCCCCUGAGGAGAUGAUCAGACUGUACUGUACCAGUGACUUCGUUGCACGUGGAAUCAUCAUUGGGGUGUUCAACAACGAAGUUCUAGCCAGAAGCGAAGUGUCAACUCGAGUCACCGCGGUGUAUCGCCAGCUUCAGCCGGUAUUCAGGCUUCGCAACGUAACGCUUCAAACAGAACACAGUGAUUUAGAGACGUUCUCAUUCGUAACAAAUGCGCUUGUUGAUUCUUCUUCCUCGACAGGCGGGAACACAACCCAGAACUCCUACAUGCACAGGUAUCUAUAUGGCACCUUAUAUGUUCCUAUUCACUGUGGCGCGAAACACGGACCAGGUGAAUUUAUCUUCAUGGGAAGAUUUAUUCUAGACGAUCCAGUGCUUACGUGUGCCCCUAGAAUAGAGGAUUGGCUACAGGCUCGAAGAAUGGCAGCUCAAGAUGGCAGUGUACAGUGUUUGCUAGAGACAUGACGUCAGUCUGCGCGUGGUCUUAAAUUCAUAGUUCCUCAAGUAUAUUUCGUCCUGGUUCUGACGCAAGCAACGCCACGAAAACUUACCAAGGAACGCUACUGUAAUUAAGUGUUCGGUUACUAGAGGGCCCCCUUCAUGCGGAAUGUUAACUGCAGAUAGAGAAGGAAGGAUUAGAAUGUUGUUUCGUGGAGUUCAGAAUUCCUGCACAUCCUACCCCAAGACGUUAAGACUUAUCUAGUGAGAAAUAUUAUUACUCAUGUUUUAGGGGAACGACGACACUUUGCUUAAAAUUAUUUUGGACUUCUUUCAUUGUCCAAGUUUUUUUUUAACCAUUACGUUACGAAAAAUUGACCGCC